AUGCAGCUUCUGUCAUCAACGGACACCGUGGCACCUGAUACUGAAGAGACUAUACGUGCUCUAAAGUCUAAACAUCCCACCGCACCCAACAACAAACAGCAAAGUCCCUCCAAAGAAAGUUCAAGCUUGUGCGUUACAUCUCAACAAGUACUGGUUUGUUUAAAAACUUUCCCAAAGGGAACAUCAGGUGGCAGUGACGGCCUUACGCCGGAGCAUCUCAAAGACCUCACAUCUUCAAAAACAGAUUCGAUUGAUCUCAUCAACUCAAUCACUGCAUUUAUCAACAUGAUCUUAAAUGGUGAUUGCCCACCUGAUGUGGCCCCAUACUUUUUUGGCGGAAGGCUGGGGACGCUGCCUAUAUGUGUUGGUGGCCUGGGUUUGGGUUCCGCGGCUGAGCUGGCACCUUCUGCCUUUUUGGCUUCUGCUGCUGCCACGGUGGCCCUCCAGGAUCUGAUGUUGCCGAGGGAUGGGAUUUAUGUCGAUAACUUCAGAAUGCAAGUAUACGACAUGUGGCGCGCCACCAACGGAGAUGUGGUUGCGCUCGAAAACCCCUCGCAAAAACACUGGAUCGCCCCCUGUCUUAAUAGAUCAGUUGAUCAAUGGCUGCAACUGAAUGGCUCUACUUUUGACAAGGCUAGAAUUAUGGCUGUCAAAAGUGAGUUGGGCUCCGCCUGGUUGAGAGCGCUACCCAUCACCUCCUGCGGCACUAGAUUGGAUGACUCCUGUGUUCGCGUGAGCCUUGGUUUGAGACUCGGAGCCCAGAUCGUCACCGAAUACGAAUGCGCAUGUGGGGCAAGGGUUGAUGAACUUGGAUACCAUAGCCUUUCUUGUCGUCUGGGUCCUGGAAGACAAGCCAGACAUACGGCUGUCAACGAAUACCUGGUACGAUGUUUUCAAAAGGCUGGUAUCCCGGUUAUAAAAGAACCCAUGGGUUUGAUAGAGGAAGGAGCCUUUAGGCCUGAUGGUUACACUAUCACCCCAUGGACUCAGGGACGGUCCCUGGCUUGGGACGUUACCUUACCCCACACUAUGGCUGACCGAUAUAUCGGCUACACUUCAGUUGAGGCGGGCACUGCUGCCCUUAAAGCGUCCGAUUUCAAAAAUGAAAAAUACGUUUCAUUAAACAAUUUAAGCAAAAUAUUUCAACCCAUUUGCAUUGAAACGUUCGGACCAACAGAUAAACACACAUCAUUAUUUAUUAACGAAUUAACAAGAAAAAUAGUUAAUAUAACGGGUGAUCCUAACGAAGGCAAUUAUUUAAAACAAACUCUUUCACUUUUAUUACAAAAAUUUAAUUCCUUUUGCAUUCUGGAUGGAGCUGCUAGAUACCUGACUGUGCGAGACCAGGGACAUAGAUAA